AUGGAAGAUGCAGUUGCUAAAAAGAUAGAGGAUAAUAGAAGAGUACAUACAUAUCCACUGUUAAAACAUAGUGAUAUGCAUGAAGAUAUGCAGACUGAAGUAAUGGAACUAUGUGUGACAGCAUGUGAAAAAUUCUCAACUGAUAAUGAGGCAGCAGCUCGUUUUGUAAAAGAAACUAUGGAUAAAAAGUAUGGAGCAGCAUGGCAUGUAGCUGUUGGUGAAGGUUUUGGUUUUGAAAUUACUUAUGAUAUUAAAAAUAUUCUAUACAUGCUAUGUGGUGGAAAUUUAGGCAUAAUUGUCUGGAAAUGCUGUUGA